AUAGGAGGGGUAAAAUAAGGGAACGGGAGGCGGAGAACCACAGGCGCCCCGUCACCGGCACUUUCUCCUCCAGAUCCAAAACCCUAAUUCCCCGAUCGCCAUUACCGACCUCGAGAGCUUUGAAAGGCGAUUGCCUCGCCCCCAAAUCUAGGGUUUCGCAACCCCUUUUACAGGCUUCGAAUUCCUCCAAUUCGACGUCCGAUGGCGGGCUCCGGGGGUUUGUCCUCCUCCUCAUCGUCGUCGUCGUCGGCCCGUGGCCACGGCGUCGAUCGCUUCUACAACCCGCCGGCGGUCAGGCGGCAGCUUGAGCAGCAGAAGCUCCAGCAACAGCAGCAGCAACAGCAGCAACAGCAGCAGCAAUCGCUGCCGCAGCGGCCGGCGAGGCCGAAGGCCCGGCUGUCCCUUGUGCUCUCGCCGCCGCCAAUUGAGGUGGCCGAGAACCGGGCCGAAUUGGACGAGUCAUCCUCGAAACCCUCGGUUUCUUCCUCUUCCUCUUCUUCCCCGCCCCGGCCACUGCCUCCUGCUGGAAAUCUUGACCGGUUUCUGGAGUCCACAACUCCUGUCGUCCCCAUUCAGUACCUCCCCAAGACGAGCGUAAGGGGGACGAGCGUGAGCGGGUGGAGGAACUACGAAAAAUCACAGCCUUACUUUUGCCUUGGAGAUCUUUGGGAGUCGUUCAAGGAGUGGAGUGCUUAUGGUGCUGGAGUGCCGCUGGUGUUAAAUGGCAGUGACUGUGUUGUUCAAUAUUAUGUGCCUUACCUCUCUGCCAUCCAGCUUUAUGCUGACCCGUCGAGGCCCUCCAUAAGAUUGAGGCGGCCUGGUGAGGAAAGUGAUGGGGAACCUUACAUGGAUACUAGCAGUGAGGGCAGUAGCGAGAGUGAAGCUGACCAGUUAAGGGAAAGAAUGGCGUCCUUGGGGACUACAAGCAGCAUGGGCCAGGAAGGCUUUCUAAGCAAUGACAGUGAGGCUUGCAAUCCAGCGAUCCUCCCAGUAUUCGAAUACCUAGAGAGGGAUCCACCAUAUGGAAGAGAACCGUUAGCUGACAAGAUAUCUGUUCUUGCAAGUAAAUUUACAGAGCUGAAGACAUACAAGAGCUGUGAUCUGCUUCAAUGUAGUUGGAUGUCUGUUGCAUGGUACCCGAUAUAUAGGAUACCAACAGGACCGACAUUAAAGGAUCUGGAUGCGUGCUUUUUGACGUUCCACUCACUAGCUACACCUCCUAAAGAUACCAGUGUUGCUCAUAUGGAGGCUGCUGGCUCCUGUAGUAUAAGGAAUGUCAACAGCUCGACUGCAAUGUCUACAAAGUUACCAUUGCGUGCCUUUGGGCUUGCUUCAUACAAGCUCAGGGGUUCAAUUUGGAUGUCCGAUGGACUGCAUGAGCGGCAGCUAGCAAGCUCGUUGCUGCAAGCUGCCGAUGAAUGGCUUCGCCUUCGACAAGUAGAUCAUCCUGACUACUGGUUUUUUAUCUCCCAUUACAAUACAUUUAGGAGGUGAGAGUUUUCUGGUUCUGUAAAUGCCUCUUUUUCUAGUUGGAUAAUGUAUCGAUCAAGUCAUGGUGCUAGACCUGUGAUUCCAAACGCUCGUGGCAUACAGUUUCUACUCUGUUUGUAACAAAUUAGCAUCUUCCAUCCCUUAGUAGAUAUGUUUUUGAAAUCACAAAGAUAUGACUGGUAGUUUUCUUUGAAAGAGAACUUGUGGAAUUGACAAAGAGGGCUUUUACCAUUUGGUAUUUUAGGCAUGUAAAAUAUAAUUGCAUGCAGUUACAUUGAAUUCAAACUAUGUAGAUUGGGUGACUUAAGAUUGGUGUUGGCAGCAUAAACAACGUUGCUAUUGUUCUUUUGUUGUUGGUUGCAUAGAGAAGGUUCCUCCCUUUGGUAUUCUCCU